UGUGGCGUGGCCCUCGCCGUCGCGCCGGCCGCGGUCGGCGAUUCAUCCGCUAAGGGGAGCGUGCACAGGCAUGUAAUCGAGGAAGUCAUGGACAUUCUGGAUAUGGCACAAAUGGCUUCCCAACGAAGAGAUGUCUUCCACACCAGUUUUCUUACUCCGCCUAUCAUAAAGGAGGCUAUGCUGGCAAUCGAGAAGUUAGCUGAUAUCAAAGCAGUAGCUCAGGGGGGUUAUCCACAGGCUGAGCGGUGCCGAAUUUCAGUUGGACAUCCAGACUCUAUGAGAAGUAACCCAGAUGUAGUUGCUGCUUUGAGCAUAUCCGGAAACUUCCGAUUGGAACCCUGUUCUCAUGGUGACUUUCUCGGUGCUAUUCUUGGGGCAGGAAUAACAAGGGAGAAAGUUGGAGAUAUACUUUUGCAGGGGGAAAGAGGUGCUCAGGUCAUUGUUGAUCCAGAACUUGUUGAUUAUCUGACUUCCACACUAGAAAAGGUGGGGAAAGUUGGUAUUUCAUGCACCCAGAUUCCAUUGCUUGCUAUAGAGUAUGAGCCACCAAGGACCAAAUCUUCUAAAACUGUAGAAUCAUCACUUCGGGUUGAUGCUGUGGCCAGUGCAGGAUUUAAAAUCUCACGCACAAAGCUUGGUAGCAUGAUGAGUUCUGGAGAUGUCCGUGUGAAUUGGUCAGUGGUUACGAAAAGUGGAGCUACCCUAAAAGCUGGGGAUGUUGUUUCUGUCAGUGGGUUGGGGAGAUUGAAGAUUGGAGAAAUCGAGACUACGAAGAGAGGCAAAUAUGUAGUUCAGCUGAUUCAAUAUCUGUAGGUCCAUGAACAAUCAACUGUUCGCUCAACAAUACCUGUCUCAGAUGAAUGGGUUGAAGUUCUCUAUGAACUCCCAACUCCUGUGAAGGCUUGUUCUGCUUUGAGGCGAGAAGGAAAUUAGUAUGCUUUCCAAACAAAAAAAUGUACGAUUUCAAAACCAACACAAAUGGUGCUUCUAUAUAUCAUAUAGCUUUUCAUACUAAGAAACCUCUGUUUCAUAUUCGUAGUGAUAAAAAAAAGUGAUAUGAAAUUAAUGAUCAAAAGCCAGCAAUUUAAAUCA